GCAGCCAGUUGUCGCUGCAGCAUGGCCGCAGACGAGAACGACCUAGACAUCGUCAAGCAAUGCAUCGAGAUCAUCGAGCAGGAGGCGCUUUCCUUGAUGGUAGACCCUGGUGGUGAAAAUCGGGCCGACGGGGACGCGAAGCUCGCCGAGGUGCUGCAAGUCUUGGGUGCUAACGGCAAGGCAGUGGAGAGGCCCAGCGAUUCCCGGGACCUGCAGGAGAAGCUGUCGCUGCUGACCCGAGGCAUGCAUCUUCUCAGUGAGCAGAUCCAUAGCAAGACGGAGGAGUUGAAGGCAGUUGAGGACCUGCAGAAGGACCCUCGGGAACAUUCCAGCCCGGCCCAAAAGGCGAAUCAGAGGCUCCAAGCUUCUGACAACCCUCCGAGCCCGACUGGUUUGGGGCUACUGCCUCCAACACCUGAGCGGCCGCGUCAAGACUUUCCGGAGCCACAAGAUGUUGGACAGGGCCUGUACUCAGACACGCUUGCUCGGUUGGCACAGUCCCAUGCGGAGCUGAAGAGUCGCAUCAUCUCCUUGGAGUCUGAGAACAAACGACUGCAAGACGAAGCGAAUCUGCGGUCGAUGGAGGAACGGAAUCGUCUGCUGCAGGUCGAGUCCAUUCUCAAGGGAGAAGACGAAAGGGUCUCUCGCCUAGGAGCCAGGCCGGCCAGGCCAUCGGCUCCAUCGGUUCCAUCGGUUCCUCGGCCCAAAGCCAAGCUGCGCUGUGCGGAGCGCGCGGUGACGCCUCCGCCUCCCACGAUGCGGAUUCCACACUGGCGGAAUGAUCGGCCAAGCUGGAAUCGGAGCGAGCGGAGCGAGCCUCCCGAGCGCAGAGCGCAGAGGCCAGGGCCAGCGGGGUCAAGUCAGAGCCGAUAUGCCCCACAAGAAAGGAGCUCGGCAGGCUUAACAGGCAGGACCACCCCGCCCAAGCCAAAAAUGGGACGCAGCACACCGCCGCGACCGCGAGCAGUUCCGAAAGUUUCACCGAGAUCUGGAGCCGAUGGCGUUCCCACGCGUGGCACGCCGCCAGCGCCGAGCUUCCCGGCAAGAGGCCUGACGAGCUCGAUACGAGAGGCCAGGCCCGAGCGGCGCUCGGAGCGUUCGGGCAGUGUCUCGCCGCCUCGUGGCGGCGCUCGGCAUACGUCCACACCACCGGCACCUAGCUCCAGGCCGAACUCGCCGCGGAGUUUCAACGAAAAGGAGCUGCCCCCACACUGGCGGCAGAUGGUUGGAGAUGCCUACUGCCAGGAGACAGGGCGCCCAUUUGUGGAUCGCAUCACCCUGCUGGACUUCACGAGCGCUUCGAGCAAGAAGCCAGACCCAGUAUUUUGGGUAAACGUUCGGCUGCGCUGGGCAGAUCUCCAGAUAACAGAGAUCGGCCGCGUGCCGAAGCGCGGCGAGGCCCUGGCGCUUUUCGUUCUGCAGGGCACGACGGGGGAGCGUUUCAGGGAGUGGCAGAGCAACGGUCGCCGAAGCACUUCACGGCCCGUUUCGCCAAGGCGGGCACCUUUGGCAGCCUGGCAUGUGGCCUCAAUGCGAGUGCUUCGGAAUCUUCCCUUCAGCGAGAAGAACAGCAUGCCUUUGGUGGCGCAUGCUGGCGGUGGUUUACUCCGCAUGGCCUUGGGCUUCACGCCUUGUGCCAGGCGAUACCACCAUGUGGUGCGCCCGCCAAGCUGGUCCACCCCUGUGACGCCGAGCUCCUCCAACCCUAACUUCAUAAGCCACUCCAGCCUCUCAUGCUGA